AUGGUCGGCCUCGACGGACACUCUCUGUUCGGCAGGGAGCAGCUGCGCUCAGCUGAGGAGGCAGCCAUGGAGGCGACCGCGCCGCAGCCGCAGCCGCAGACGGCGCAGCCCGGCUGCGGGCCGAGCGCGCCGGGCGCCUCGCCGGCCGGGUCCCCGCCGCCGCCCGGGGGCAGCGCCGCCGCCAGCGUCGGCGUCGGCCUCGGCCUCGGCGUCGGCGUCGGCGUCGGCAGCUACGCGCACAGCGUCGACCUCAUCAUCGGCGACUUCAUGGAGCGCCUCGGGUCGCGGCUCAGCAUCCUCGAGACCGAGCUCAAGUACGCUUGGAGGGCGCUCGACCUGCUGUCGCAGGAGUACCUCAAGAUGUGGGAACGCCUCGAGAAGCUCGAACUGCUGCUGUACGAGCAGCAGGCCGUGAUCGCGCAGCUGCUCGACUUCUACACGGCGGUGGGCACCGGCGAGGCGGGCGACGAGCGCGUGCCCGUCGUCACGGCCGAGGACCUGGAGGCGGAGCGGCUCUCGCGGGAGAUCACGUCGCUGCUGCAGCAGACCGCGUCGGCGUCGGCGUCGGCGUCGGCGGCGGCGUCGGGUGGCGACGACGUGCUGCACGUCCCCGACGAGGCCUUCUACCGCAGCCUCAACAACGCCUACCGUGACGACCUGGUGACGCCGGCGGACGUGGCCGCCGUGGCGCCCAUCGCGACGUCGCAGCUCGGCAUGAUCUGGGAGGAAGCGGAGGACGUGGAGGAGAACGGCGCUUCCGUCACUGUCACCACCAAGGAAGAGCAGCCGAGCGCCGGUAGCAGCGUGGGCGACGCCGAGGAAGAGGUGGAGGUGUACAGCGCGCUCGACUACAAGGACUACCGCGGGGACUCCCCUUGCGUGAGUGAGCAGGACCUGGCGCGGCUGAGCGCCAUCGACCAGGUCGCGCUGGAGAAGCUGCAGGAGCUGGACCGGCUGACGUCGAAGCUGCAGAGAGACUCGCGGGACCUGCGCGAGCUGCAGGACCGCCUGCUGCUGGACACGCCGGCCGGGUCGGCGCUCGCCGAGGAGAAAGCCGCCGCCGCCGCCGCCGCCGCCGCCGCCGGCGACACCAGCGUCAUCGACCAGCAGCUGCGCCAGAUCUACGUGGACGCCGACCUGGACGGCUGGAGCUGCCUGUCCGACCUGGGCAAGUCGCGCUCCAGCUCGCGCCUCUCCACCGACAGUGGCACCACCGACCCGGAGGUGGCGGCUGCGCUGCGCUCGGCCGGCGCCGCCCCCGUGUCCGCGCCCUCGCCGCGGGCCUCGCCCCGGCCGCACCGCCGCCUCUACUCCGACGUGGCGCCGCCGCGGUACGACUACGACAAGCUGCCGUCGCCGGCGGGCAGCCUGCGCACGCGGCAGGACGGCUACGUGGGCGGGUCGACGCCGCCGCCGCCCCCUCCGCCGCCGGCGCCGUCGGGCCAGCGCGGGCAGCUGGACCUGGACCUGUCGGCGACGCCCAGCCCGUCGCCUUCGAGCCCGCCACCGCCAGCGCCGCCGGACCACUUCCCUCUGCCCGGCAAAGACACCCUAUCUUCCGCCGCGUCCUCGAGACCGCCUCCACCCGGGAGCCCGGCGCCGUUCGCGGCUCCCAAAUCUGCGUCAAUUACUUCUCUCUCUUCCGAGCUGCAGCAGCAGCAGCAGGGUAGGCUCAGUCCGAGGACGCCGCACUCCCCGAAGUCGCCGCGAAUGUCUCCAAAAAAUGUGCUCAAGUUGUCUUCGUCUUCCAACAUAUGUACCGCCAAAUCGGAUUCGGGUCUGUCGUCUAUGAGCGGUUGGUCGAGUGUCGAAAAGUCACCCGGGUCGCCCAAGAGCUCGUCCAACAAGACCCCGCCUUCCUCGUACGCGACGGCGGCGGAAGCGCUGAUGCUGGGGAAGACGGACGCGUUCCCGCAGCCGGGCGACGUCAGCCCCCGUCCGCACACCAGUUCCUACGGCGACUUCCUGUACCGCAGCGAGCAGCCGGCCAUAUACUCCGUAGCGGGCAGCAACCGCCAACAACAGGCCUACACUUCGGUCUACACUAGCGGUACGGCUAGUUACAAGCCUACCGUAGGGGGAUUCCCCGACCUCGUCGAACCGUGCAACAACAACGAACAAAACAAUCUAGUCGGCGGCUACCGCAGCUACCGAGACGACCUUCAACAGCAGCAAAAUAAUUACCGUUACAACGACCGAGGAAGCAGCAGUGACCGCAAAUAUCAGCAGCAGCACCAGCCGGUGUAUCGGUACUACCCCGACAACGAAACGCCGAGCUCUUACCGCUACAUGGCCGAGCCACGAGGGCAGCCACCCACCAGGAGUCUAUCGACGAGCGUUUACCCCACUACGUCCGCUCCCGUCGGUCAGCAGUAUCCUAGCAAAAAGUCCCUCCAGCGCGGCCAUUCGACGGGCUCUGUUCCCAGCCAGGGUGUUUCUAAUAUGGAGGGCUACAAGACGGCCAUGUACAGGACUAUGUUCCCCACCGGCAAUAUUACUGACGCUCUUUCUUAUUAUCCCACAAGCAAUCGCUAUGACAAUAAUGUAAUGAUGCAGCAGCAGCAACAACAGCAAAUACAAGGCGGUAACUAUGCCCAGCAGUGGGCACCACUGGAUCAACAACAGAGUAUCAGUGUUGCAGGAAUGACUAUGAAACGUGACCACACGUCCAGUUCUAUUAGGUCUGUCGAGACGACGCAGCAGCAACAGCAGGAUCACGCAUAUAUGAUGCCACAGUAUGACCCGAGACGGCAGCAGGACGCUAUGUCGGAUAGACGAGAAGAUUACGGUGGUCCACGCGAGUACACCUGGAGCCAGCGGUCAGAUUUAGAGCUAGAUCUACGCAAUAGGAACCUUCCCGAGCACCACCACCUCAUACAAGACGGUCCAGAGUACUUCGAUCCGAGCAGUGUGAUAGUCUCCCAGUCUGGUUACAUCUCCAUAGCAGCCGAUAUCAAAGAUCCAACCUACGCAGUGGAGGAGCGGUCGAGCAAGAGGGGAAAGCUGAAAUCUGCCAUGAGCUCAGUCAGCAGCUGGCUGCCAGACUUGCACCUGUCUAGCAAGCGACACCGCUCCCAUUCACUGCCGGCUGGCGUGCGCCGCGAAGAUCUGGCGAUGGGAGGCAAGGCGACCAGUCGCACAAACGCCGCCUCCAAACAACAGUACGUCAGCACGCUACCCCGCAAAAAGAAGAAGAACCCUCUGGUUUCUACGGUCUCGGGCAUCUUGCAGAAGGCCAAACGUAAGGGCGGCAGUGGCGCCCACUCACUGUCAGAUCCGGAACAGUCGGAAACGGAGUGGAGCGGACGAACCAGCGUCGUAUCUGACAGCGAGGAUAGCGUCUUCUCCGAUGCUGCGACGCCAGAACACGGUCCUGUAUUCGUCAAAGUGCAACGACAACAGCAACAACAACAACAACAACAACAACAACAGCAACAACAACAGCAGCAGCAGCAGCAACAACAACAACAACAGCAGCAGCAACAACAGCAACAGCAACAUCAGCAGUACCUGCAGGAGCAGGCGAUACUAAUUCAACAACAGCAACAGCAACUUAUGGACCAGGAACAGCUGUCCCUCCAGCAACAGCAGCAGGUACUGCAGAAGCAACAGCAGCAGAUCGAGAAGCAACAGCAACAAAUCGACAAACAGCAACAGCAGAUCGAGAAGCAGCAGCUGCAGUUGAAAAUAGAAGAGUCCAACUUGGCGGCUGCGCAGCCGGAACCCAAGGCGGAGAUACCGAAAAGCAGCAGCAAGCCGAUCGACCUGGCCGAGUCGGCGUCGCUGUUCGCGACGGUGGGCGACGUGAAACGCAGUUCGGCCCCGACGCAGCCAGCGACCACUCCGGAGGACGGCGCACCGCCGCCCGCCGACAAGAUCCACCUGCCGCCAGGGGCUAUCGGAGGCGCGUCGCGCGAGUUUGCCGUCUCGCGGGCGCUCGGCAAGUACCGCCAGAGGCAGUCCUCCACCGUGUCUGAGGACCAGACGGGGACCGAGGACGCUGUCGGCACUGGUGCCAACAAGAUGGCCGACGACAGCCAGUCGCAGAUGUUCUCGGAAGAGGAGGACGAGGAGCUGGAGGAGCAGCAGCAGCAGCAGCAGCAGGAGACGGAAGUGGAGCGGAAAGUGAAAGCGAUGCAGGAGGGAAACGAGCCAGCCCCGCAGCCGGCCCCCCGGACGGAGCCAGAGUGGCAACAGCAGCCGCAGCAGCCGCAGCCGCCGCCGCCGCCGCAGCCAGCACCCCACCAGCAGCUGCCGGCGUUGCCCUCUGCUGAGGGAAGCCCCUCGCAGUCCGGCGUGCGGGGCGCGACCCCAGGGGGCCCCCCUCCGCAGCCGCAGCCGCGGCAGAGCCUCGAGGUGCCGUGGGGCCGCGACCUGCCGCAGGCGCAGGACGACGACGUGCGCAGCACGCACUCGUGGCGCAGCGCGUCGCGCGUGUCGUCGCGCCGCCAGAGCACCGAGGACAGCAUAGACAGCGAGGACGAGUGGUACUGCUACGAGCUGCGCAAGCUCGAGGAGCUGGAGCGCCGCGUAGAGACCGGCGUCGCCGGCCGGCGCGACAGCUUCGACCAGCAGGUGCUUCUCGAGCCGGAGCCACCAUCGUUCGAGCCGGGCGAGGACAUCAAGGAGCAGAUGUCCUUCGUCCUGCAGGAGCUGCGGCUCAAGACGCGCCUCGUGGAGGCAGACGAGCAACCUCGCAGGGUCAGAGCCUCCGACCUAUGGGGACCCGAAGAAGAGGACCAACUGGAGGUGCCGCCCACAGGGGCAGCUACAGUCCCGGCCGAUGAGAGGCGCCGAUCCUCCGACGAAGAGUCUUCGUCGGGGGAGACGAGUGGCCCCGAUAGCCCCGACGAGGACGACAUGCUGUACGACGAAAUGAGGGAGGCGGAGCGCGGCCCUGUCUCUGUACAGGAGUACGAGGGGCCGACGGCGGCCGACCGAGACCGCGAGCAGCUGGUGGGCGAUUCUCCCGCCACCCCAGCGGCGGUGGCGCCGCCUCCAGCAGCGGCUGACGGCGCGGAGGACGUGGCCGCGGUGGCGGCAGCGGGGGCGGGAGGUCCCGGCAGCAAGUGGAAGCUGCUGAAGGCGCUCAAGGAGCGCAAGGCGGAGGAGAAGAUACACGAAGCGGCCGCCGCGGCGACCCCGGGCGCCAGCACGUGCGCCAGCACGGCCGCUUCUAAUGGAGCGGGAGUUGGCAGUGAAAGUGGCGGUCGAGGAAAUGGCCAUCCUGGAGAUAAUACAUUCUACAGUAACAUCGACAGUAUGCCGGACAUUCGACCCCGGCGGAAGUCCAUACCACUUGUCUCAGAACUUACAAUGGCAGCAACCAAGCGUAAUGCCGGGCUGACAUCUGCAGUUCCCAGAGCCACUCUUAAUGAUGAAGAAUUGAAAAUGCAUGUGUACAAGAAGACACUGCAAGCCCUCAUCUACCCAAUAUCCAGCACAACACCCCACAACUUUGUUCUGUGGACAGCGACAUCACCAACUUACUGCUACGAAUGUGAGGGUCUGCUUUGGGGCAUUGCAAGACAAGGGGUUCGCUGUACAGAAUGUGGUGUGAAAUGUCACGAGAAAUGCAAGGACCUGCUGAAUGCUGACUGUUUGCAAAGGGCUGCUGAGAAGAGUUCAAAACAUGGAGCUGAAGACAAAGCAAAUAGUAUCAUCACUGCCAUGAAGGAACGUAUGAAGCAGAGAGAACGAGAGAAACCAGAAAUAUUUGAACUUAUCAGGGCUGUAUUUGGAGUUGAAGAAAAAAGUCACAUUGGGCACAUGAAAGCUGUGAAACAGUCCGUAUUAGAUGGUACCAGCAAGUGGUCAGCAAAAAUAGCCAUAACAGUUAUCUGCGCCCAGGGUUUGAUUGCAAAGGAUAAAAGUGGAACAUCUGAUCCAUAUGUUACUGUACAAGUUGGAAAAGUUAAGAAGCGGACCAAGACCAUGCCACAAGAGCUCAAUCCAGUUUGGAAUGAAAAAUUUUAUUUUGAAUGUCACAACUCAUCAGAUCGUAUCAAAGUCCGAGUGUGGGAUGAAGAUAAUGAUCUCAAAUCCAAACUGAGGCAGAAACUUACACGAGAGUCAGAUGAUUUUCUUGGACAGACUAUUAUUGAGGUCCGAACACUUUCUGGAGAAAUGGAUGUGUGGUACAACCUCGAGAAGCGCACUGACAAGUCUGCUGUGUCCGGUGCGAUUCGCUUACAUAUAAGUGUUGAAAUUAAGGGUGAAGAAAAGGUCGCACCUUAUCAUGUACAGUAUACAUGUCUUCAUGAAAACUUGUUCCAUUCUCUAUGUGAAGAGAACAGCGGAAUGGUCAAAUUACCAACGGCAAAAGGAGAUGAUGCUUGGAAAGUGUACUUUGAUGAAGCAGCAGAAGAAAUUGUUGAUGAAUUUGCCAUGAGAUAUGGCAUUGAAUCAAUAUAUCAAGCUAUGACGCACUUUCAUUGCUUAUCAACAAAGUACCUGUGCCCUGGAGUGCCUGCUGUGAUGAGUACUCUUCUUGCCAACAUUAAUGCAUAUUACGCACACACUACAGCAUCUUCUGCUGUAUCAGCAAGUGACCGCUUUGCAGCGUCAAACUUUGGGAAGGAGAAAUUUGUUAAGCUGCUGGACCAAUUGCACAAUUCACUUCGCAUAGAUUUGUCAAUGUACCGCAACAACUUUCCAGCAUCGAGCCAAGAAAAACUAAUGGAUCUUAAGUCCACUGUGGAUCUGCUCACCAGCAUCACUUUCUUUCGCAUGAAAGUCCAAGAACUUUCUAGUCCUCCACGUGCAAGCACAGUUGUGAAAGACUGUGUAAAAGCAUGUCUUCGAUCUACAUAUCAGUUCCUCUUUGAGAACUGUUAUGAGCUUUACAACAGAGAAUUCCAGGUCGACCCAAAUGAAGCCAAAAGGGACCAAGAGGAUCACGGGCCUCGCCUGGAUAGUUUGGAUUUCUGGCACAAACUUAUUGCACUCAUAGUGUCCGUCAUAGAAGAAGACCGCAAUAGCUAUGCUCCUGUACUGAAUCAAUUUCCUCAGGAACUCAAUAUUGGCCAGUUGUCUGCAGCAACAAUGUGGAGCCUUUUUGCUGUUGAUAUGAAGUAUGCUUUAGAAGAACAUGAGCAGCACCGCCUUUGCAAAUCAUCAGCAUACAUGAACUUACACUUCAAAGUGAAGUGGUUACACACUAAUUAUGUGAAGGAUGUGCCUCCAUAUAAAGGAUCGGUUCCAGAGUAUCCAGCGUGGUUUGAACCAUUUGUUAUGCAGUGGCUUAAUGAGAAUGAUGAUGUAUCACUGGAAUAUCUGCAUGGAGCAUUUACAAGAGACAAGAAGGAUGGUUUCCAGAGAAGCAGUGAACAUGCGCUUUUCUCAAAUUCAGUUGUUGAUGUGUUCACCCAGUUGACGCAGUGCUUUGAUGUUGUUUCAAAGCUUGAAUGCCCUGAUCCUGAGAUAUGGAAACGCUACAUGAAACGUUUUGCUAAGACAAUAGUAAAAGUAUUGGUAGAGUAUGCUGACAUCGUCAAAAAGGAGUUUCCUAUUCAUCUCAAGGAGGAGCGAAUUGCUUGCAUACUGAUGAAUAACAUACAGCAACUGCGUGUACAACUAGAAAAAAUGUUUGAAUCAAUGGGAGGUGAAAAACUUGAAGAAGAUGCAGCCAACAUUUUAAAAGAGUUGCAACAAAAUCUAAACUCUGCUUUGGAUGAUCUGGCAGUGCUUUUUGCAACAAGCCUGGAGCCUCGUAUAACAGCAAGUGUGAAAGAACUAGGAGACUUACUUUUAGCUAUCAAAGGAGGAGGGCAGGUUACACUGAAUCAGCCAUCUCAGAGACAUGCUGUGGCAGCAGAAGCAGAUGAAGUGUUGAGACCACUUAUGGAUUUGCUUGACGGAUCACUAUCACUGUACGCUGAAUCGUGUGAAAAAACAGUUCUAAAGAGACUGUUGAAAGAGCUGUGGAAAAUAGUUAUGAGAAUACUGGAGAAGACUGUUGUGCUUCCUCCAAUGACAGACAAAAGUAUGAUUUUAAAGAACCUCACAGAUAAUGCCAAGAAUUUGGCUGCAAAUGCGAAGAUUGAAGACAUGUCUCGUCUUUUCAAGAACCACAUGGCUGGAAAACAGGAUGUAAAAAACGCUCUUAGUGGAGUAAUGGACAUCUCAAAAGAAGUUGAGAAGAAUCUCUCGCCAAAGCAGUGUGCUGUGCUUGAUGUGGCACUGGAUACAAUCAAACUAUAUUUCCAUGCAGGUGGUAAUGGAUUGAAAAAAGCAUUCUUGGAGAAAAGCCCUGAGCUCCAGUCACUUCGUUACGCUCUCUCACUGUACACACAAACAACAGAUACUCUAAUAAAGACAUUUGUCACAACUCAGACAAAUGAAGUUCCACUUAACAACAAAUCAAACCUUAGACAACGUUCAAUAUCCAUUGAACGUGAAGAGGAAGAGGGAAUGGAAGGGCUAGAAGAGCCUCUGAAAGCCAAGAAACGUAGGGAAUCACGCCAAGAAGCACAGAGUAUUGAUGAGGGUAGUGUGGGAGAAGUUUCCAUACAGGUGGAUCUGUUCACUCAUCCAGGAACUGGAGAACAUAAAGUGACAGUCAAAGUGGUGGCAGCCAAUGACUUAAAGUGGCCCACAGUAACGGGAAUGUUCCGGCCAUUUGUGGAAGUUAAUCUCAUUGGACCUCAUUUAGCUGAUAAAAAACGAAAGCAUGCAACCAAAUCUAAAUCAAACAACUGGUCUCCAAAGUACAAUGAAACUUUUCAUUUCAUUAUUGGAAAUGAAGAGCAGCUGGAUUACUUUGAACUUCACAUAUGCAUCAAAGACUACUGUUUUGCUCGGGAAGAUCGUUUAGUUGGUGUAGCUGUAAUGCAGCUCAAAGACAUUGUGGAGCAGGGUUCAUGUGCAUGUUGGCUCUCACUGGGGAAAAGGAUACAGAUGGAUGAAACAGGUUGGACAAUUUUGAGAAUAUUAUCUCAGCGAACAAAUGAUGAAGUAGCAAAAGAAUUUGUCAAACUGAAGUCUGAUGUCCGGACGGAAAAUCCUUUACCAAACCCAACGUGAGAGUCCUGUGAUUGAUAGGUUAGUGAAUGGAAAUGACUCUUCCACCGUCCGGCAAUAUUUGCCACAAAAAAGCAGAAGAAAUGUGAAGUGAAAUGUGUGUGCAGUGAAGUUUGUUAGGUAACUAUGGCUUUAAGUGAGCUGGUACAAAUUACCAUUGAUCACAAAAAAUAAAUAAAUAAGUAAAAAAAUAAAAAAGAGACAGUAUAAAGAUUUGGAAAAACCAACACCAUUCCAUGUGAUUGCUAAUCGAAAGAAGGAAACUGCAAUAGCAGAAGUUUUUACAAAAGGAAUCGCACAUAAUAUAAUUACAGAAAUGAAGGAAAUGAAACAGCUUUUGUAUUUCAUUUACAAAUUAUCUUUUAAAGAAAAAAGUAAUAAAAUUUAUCCCAAAAAAUGCUUGUUUUGCUGGCUCAAGCAAUAUACAAGACCAUAUUCUGAAUUUCUGUAAUCAUGGGAACUGUCAAAAGUUUUCAGCAAUACACAUAUGUGCUAUUGUUAAAUGUUUGGCGAUGUACAUGGCUUGAAAAGACUUUAUUCAGUGAAUGGAAAUUGUGACCAAGUGAUGUUAAUGUGCUUAAAGGACACAUUGUCACAGUUACCCAUGUGCUCUCCUCACAUUUUCAUAACUAGACCAAUGGUUACAAUGUAUACAUAAAAGACAAGAUGUGCUUUUUUGAAAAACUUUUGCAUCUUGUCUUGAAUGAAACUGCGUUUUAUUAUUCUAAAUGCUCCAACAAAGCACCAAUAAUGUGCCCCCUCAUUAAGUUCCAUGUGAGACAUUGUUAAAAUAUUUCAUGUUCUCUUUGCUUCAGAACACUGGUAUCCAACUAUUUCACUGUGAUAUUUUUGAGGCUACCUGCCUUCCAGCCUCUUUGACAGGUCAUAUCGACCACUUAAGAUCUCUAUUUCUCUCUUUAUCUUCCAUAACACAGUAAUAGCUUUUUAAAGAAAAAUGUAUGCUCAUGUGCGUAUGCAUGUACAUAAAAAUUAGAUCACUGAUAAAAACUCACUCACAAAUGAUUUACGUAUUCUGUUAUCCUCAUCAGAAAUUAUAAAGCAGCAGUCAUGGAUCACUUUAUUUUUGUUACAGUGAUGUUACUGAGUAUGAUUCAAUUGUUUACUGACUAUGAAUGCUUGUAAAUAAAAUCUCAGCCUUGAACAGUAUAAGGAAGAUGUUCAUUUUCUGUUUGGUUGUAUUGAUAAAAAGCAACAUAAUAUCAUUACUAAUAACACAAUGAAGUUAUAAUUCUACAAUUACACAGAAGUGAUAUAUGUGAUGCAGCUUUGAAGAGAAAUUUUUGUUGUAAGAAGUUCUCUGCAAUAA